GGAUGUAUGAGUGGAUGCUAUAGUAGCGCUCAGCUCGGUAUCAAACGUUCACUGCUCAAUGUUCACACUUCACAUUCAUGCUGAUAAGUGUGUGUGUGCUCUCACAUACAGACGUAUUGUUGAGCCCAGAAGUAGAGAGAGUAUACAGAGCAAGUAUUAGCGCGCGCAAUGCAAGCAACUGUGCUGCGAGGGAAAGAACGAGAGAAUAACGCGUAGAAGGCUAGUCCACCAGGAGGCGCGCGUCCUAGAACUUCCAAAUCCCGUAAUAUACGUGAAAUAAAUGAUAUAUCUGUAUUCUGUGAAGGUGCGUGAGUGUGUAAAUAUAAACUGCUGCAAUUAUUCCAACAUGCGUAAAAACUGAGCAGCGAGGCAAAUAUUGUUCGUUUCUUAGAUUUAGUGGGGUUAGUGCAACUUGUGUUCUAUGUGUUUUCGAUAGGCAUUUAAGCAGUAACAGUUGUAGCAGUAACAGCAGCAAGUAUAGGCAGCAAAAAAAUCAGAACGGACAGUCGCCACUAAGGCUGCGAUCAUCAGCAGUGGCAGUCGGACGUUACUGUUGUAGUCCGAAACAGAACUACGACAACAAGCGCAAGAUCAGUAGCAGUAGCAAAUUUAAAAGAAUUUGGCGUCUUGGUGCCGAGCUUCGUGUGUUGAGUGUGCUAGCGUGGCGAAGGCGCGCCGAUAUAACCUACAAAAGCGUUCUCGGGCAAAUUUUUGCAAGAGGACCAUUUCUGACAAAGUAACUUAUAUUAUUGCCUAGCAAUCACAUCGAAAGUCAGUGAACAAUGCAUUGACAGCAUUUUUCUCUUGCUUCACGCCACCGUUGAUGCUUACUUAUUCCACUAAAGCAACGUAUUUACUCGUUGAUGAUAAAAAAUUGCUAGAUGACGCGCUCAUGAAAGACACUGCUGAAUCACGAAUGACUCGAGUUUUCAUCAACAUUGUAUCACAUAAUACGCGCCAAACGUAAACUUGAUGGUACAUAUGAAGCUAUGAAGUCGAACAAAUAAGCAAUUUUGUGGCUCUUUGCAAUCACUUUCAACACUACCCAUCGAAACCUGGAGCUUCAUCUCUGCACGUAAUAUAUAUAUACAUCUAAAUGUAUUAUAUAUAUAUUUACCAUUAUACGUACAUAUAGAUAUAUACAGAUAGAAAAACAUGGAUAUUCAAUUAUCAUAACUUAUUUUUAAGUUACAAGAAAGAUAUUGUAUAGGUGUGUGGAUUUGGCCAAAAACAAUUGUACACGGUUUUGUAGAAGCUUGAGGUAAAUAUUCUCGGCUGUGUUCUAAUCGACGACCGCGGCAGCAUCAACGCUUUCUCGAUGUACGUUACGGAUGGCGCUUCGAAUAGUCUAGUGGUAAAAGAAGAGCGUCCAGAUGAAGCAGAGAUUAAAGAGCUUGCCGCCAAAAUGGUGGAAGCACACAAAGCAAAAAAUGCCUCGGCGGCUACUGCAACAGUGCAAGCAUCUCAGGCUUCAAGCAAAACAAAUGCAAUGACAUCUGCUAAUCAAAAUCUUUCUAAUUUAUUAGCAUGCCCCAGACCGAGUCAAACUCUACCAACACCUGAUGGUGAAAUACCAGAAGAUGAUGAAAGCCAAAAAGGUAGAUUUGGUUGGACAACUUUUCACGAUUGUCACAUACCUUAUAUAUACAGAGGAAAAGAAAAAUAUUGUCCUGUAAGAAUCUUGGAAGUCCAAGUUCUCAAUAAAUAUAUAUCACACUUGAGUAGUGACAUAUUUGGGUGUCAAUGUGUUAAUAGUUAUAUGAUAACAGAAGCUGAAAGUAGAUUAUUAAAUGAAAUCAACAAUAGACAUUGCGAAAAUAAAUUUGGACGUGACCAAUUUACAACUGAAGAUUGUAUAGUACGCUUAGUAGAUGCUAGGGAAUUUUACAUAUAUCUGGAUAUAUGUUAUACAAAAUUAAAUUCAGGUUCAACUCACAGCAUCAUGACAUCCCAAAAAUUACCAGAAAAAUGUGGUUUUAUUCGUAUUAAUAAGGAAUCAGUAGUACCUUAUACAGUUAAGGAUAAUCUUAAGUAUGUUCCUCUAUUCUAUUUUGAAGGAGAAACAGAAAAUUUAAAACUUAAAGCUGAAAAACUUGAAGGUUGGGAUCUGGUGUACUUAAAGUUUUGUUGCAAAGUUCAAGGCAUUAGAAAUGAAUUAUUCUCAAGUGAAACAUGUUCAGUAAUUAGUUUGAAUGACAUAAGAAGUUAUUUUCCACCUGGUACAGGUUUUGAAGACUAUUGGCCUAACAAAGUAACAGAUUGUCAUUUAUUGACAAACAAUAAAAGUGGUGGUAGUUGGUUAAAACCACCAAUCAUGCCACCAGUUACAAAAAAAAAUGUGUCAAACAGUAUGUCUAAAAAUAUGAUUAAUGCCAGAGGUGCUUCUUUACAAAAUAUGUUGCCACGAGGUUCAUUACCAAUAUCCACUGUACAAAAAGCAUCUAAUCAAAGAUCUAUGGUUGCAUCACAUCCAUCUAUUCCAUCUAAUAUAACCUCUGCUUCUUCGCGAAACAACCAGUUAACUCAAUCAGUUAUGAAUGUUCAAGCAUCAGUUAAUGGUUGGAAUGGACUUGUCAGUGGACAGGCCCCUACAUAUCCUCUUGUGUCACAGGCUAAUACUUCUCUCAUGCGAAUGAACUCAAGCAUGAGUUUACAUAACUCUCUUAAUAGUCGCAGUAUCAAUAAUAGAGGGUCUACAAUACCUCCACAGCAAUAUGGAACUUAUCCAGUAUCAUCAAUAAUGCAAACUCCACCUCUUAUAAGAACAAAUCCACAUUCCAAUCAACCACACAUAGGUUAUCCAACAUAUGAGAAAGAUGACUGGGUAUCAACUCAAAACAUGAGCAUGCCAAGUCCAGUUACAGCUAACACUUACCCCAUUUUGAGUGGUUUAAAUCAUGAACAAGUACAAGCGUUGUCAAUGCCUCCACCAACAUCUACUGCUCCAGUAGCAUCUUCUAUGUUACAACAACAAAGACACACUCCACCUGUACCUAUGAGUUCUAGUCAUGGUACACCUCAUAUAACUCAUAACAAAUAUCCACCACCACCCCUUAUACCAGUAAAUGGCAAUAGUAAUAACACCAGGGAAUCAAGAGGCAGACCUUUAAUAAUUAUUGCGGAAACACAUCCUUCUGUCAACUGUCCUGUUCAGCCUUAUCAAAUUCAGAAGGCAUUAAUAGAAGAUAAAUUGGUGCCUUGCAUCAAUUUCAAACCAUACAUUUAUUCAGAAUUGUUGAUGACUUUGCCUGAUUUUGUUAGUGAAUUCUUUCCCACAUGCAACGUAGACAAAUGCAGACAAGUUUUGGAUGUUCUUAAUGUAGAGCUUUAUCAGUGCAACAGUACCCAAAUGGAAAUGUUGUUGAAAAAUGGCAAGUGUAGCUCUUUGAGAGAAGAGCUGCCACUGAUUCAAGUGCGUAGCAUCAUGAAAUUCAUGCCACAGUUGAAAUACAUGCUAAACCAAAAUUCAGCAGCCUCGCAAGGGUUGCCACCUAACAAUCAACAUGCUCACUCAUCGUCCGAAGAGCAUUCCGCGAAAAAGCGUCAACGUACCAGCUAGGAUUGGUUGCAGCCUUAUUGGCCGACUUAUGAUUAUUACCAUUCGGCAUUCUAAUCUGCACUUGAGAUCUGCACAAAAUUCAACACUUACGCAUUAUCUCUUUGCGUAUUAUUGUUCAUGUGAGUGAAAAUACUAUUUGGACAUAUCUUGUGUGUUAAAAAAGUGCUGCUACUGCCGUUUAAAUGUACAAGCUGUACUGUCUGUAAUGUCAUUGGACUCAGUGUUAUUCGUAACAUCUCACAAAUGGACUCUAGAAAAAUGGUUUUUUCAUUAAGUGAUGAUGAUACGCGCCAGUGAUCAAAUAAAGAGACAACGCACUGAAACUUUUAAUCGUGGAAGUUCUCUACAAUUCUUAAAAAUAAUGGAAAAAUAAACUUAUGACAUAAGUAAUCAAUCGUGUAAAUAUAUUAAAUAAAAGUGAUUAAAAUUAAACUGAGGUUCAGCAUAAAAACAACCAGAAGUCUGUCUGUUCAGCUUUAGUGUGAAAAAAAUGUUUUAUUUUUCAAUAAAUUCUUUAACUUUUUAACUUUU